UAUUAGAAAAAAAAAAUUGUAUUCCACUUAUGGAACUCGUAGUUAUAAUCACUGUUUCCGUCGGUUCAACCAGAAACCGGCCCACAGUCCGGUCCUGACAAGUCACAGGCUAUAUAAGGCCGCCAAGUCUUGGUCUCCUUCCCAAUUUUCUUCUUCAACUGCUCAACCCAGUUCCUCAGUUCUCUCAUCAAUGGCUUCCAAUGACUCAUAUCCCAACUCAGCCAAUCCAGUCUUCAUCUCAGCCGAUUCAAUCCACUCAAUCCUAACCCACAAAUCUCUCAUCCAACACUUCCACUCUUCUCUCCCGAAAGUCUCAUCGACAAUCCACACACCACUCCGUCAAAACUACAACGUUUCACCUUCCUCCUCUCUCCUCCUCAUGCCCUCCUGGUCUUCCUCCCCCUCUUUCCCUUACAUGGGCGUCAAACUUGUCACUCACUUCCCCCAGAACUCCGCCCUAAACUUACCCGGAAUUCACGGCAGUUACGUCCUCUUCAGCUCUACCACCGGCCAAACCCUCGCCGCCAUGGAUGGCACAGUGUUGACUCUUUACAGAACAUCAUGUGUCUCCGGCUUGGCGUCGAAGAUCUUAGCGAGAAAAGACAGCAAAAUCCUUGUUAUGGUAGGUGCAGGCGCUCUGGCGCCCCAUUUGAUCAAGGCCCACUUAGCAGCCCGACCCGGUUUGCAGAGAGUGAUAAUAUGGAACAGAACGAUGAAGAAGGCCAGCGAUUUGGCUGCGGAGUUGAGGAAGAGGGAUGAAUACAAGGGGGUGUGUUUUGAAAGUGAUGAAAACUUGGAGGGGAUAAUUGAAAUGGGUGAUAUUGUGAGCUGUGCGACAAAUUCUGAGGUGGCGUUGGUGAGAGGGGAGAGAUUAAAGGUGGGGGCUCAUCUUGAUUUGGUUGGGUCGUUUCAGCAUAGUAUGAGGGAAUGUGAUGAUGAGGCCAUAAGAAGAGGGAGAGUUUUUGUGGAUAAUGAAGGGGCUUUGGUGGAAGCUGGUGAACUUGUGGGUGCUUUUGAGAGAAAGGUGAUUGAAAAGGAAGACGUUGUGGGAAAUUUGGUGGAGCUGAUUGAAGGGGCUAAAACUGGAAGAAGAGAUGAGAAGGAGAUCACAGUGUUCAAGGCUGUUGGGUCUGGCGUGGUGGAUGUUCUUGCAGCCCAAAUGGUAUACGAAAAUUUUCUAAAACUUGGCAGGAAUGAUUAGGGUUUUUUUGGUUGUGUAUCGAAAACUUAUUAAUAUGUAUCAUAUAAGAAGUGUUUUUUUAAAAUAAAAUAUUAAAAAUCCUAAUUAUGCUUAA